CAGACAAAGAGAGAGAGAAAGAAGAGUGAGAGAGAGAGACAGAGAAAGAGACUAGAGGCCACUCAAGGAGUGGGGGAAUUCAUCCUUGGUAUUUUAAGGGGGUGUUUUAAAUAUAUAUUUUCCCCCUGUUGGUAUCCCCCUAUUACAAGUGAUAAAUCCACAGGCUCUGGAUCUGGACACUGGGCAGACCAGACACAACAUCCACAGCAUAACAAAGGAGGACUAAGGAAAUUUACAGUCUAGCUCAAUGUCUCUGUUAUGGAUAGUGAUACUACCAGUAGCAGCCUUUGCAUUUCAUGUGGAGCUAAAACCAAAGAGUGCAUUUUUCAGAGUUGGUGAUAGGCAGGAGCUGCGAUGUUCGGUGAAGGAUUGUAACGAAAAGGUUACUAUGUCCUGGGCUUUGCUGGGGGAUAAGCCCAUGUUUGCUAAAAUACACACCUCAGGGUCGGAAUCCGUGGCGGCCUUUGACCCUGUGAUGACAGUACAUGAUGACAUACUUCUCUGCAAAGUCAGUUGCGGAGCAUUGACCAAACAACAGCGUGUGGUUGUCAAAGUGUACUCAUUUCCAGAGGCUCCUGUCAUAUCAGGCUACGACCAUCUUCUCUUGGGCCAGUCCAACACUCUGACAUGUGAGGUGAUAGACGCUUAUCCCGCGGAGCACCUGCGACUUGAGUGGCUGCGAGGAGACAUCACGCUCCAGACAGACGCAGAGUCCGUUGUAUCUAGCUACAGGUUCACGCCCACCCCAGAGGACAAAGAGGCAAGCAUCACAUGCAGAGCCUCUCACGAUCAGGAUGGUGUGCCUGAUGAAGAGAAGACCAAGGAAACCACCGUGUCUCUCACAGUGUUUUAUGCGCCACAGAAUAUAUUAAUAUCUGAGCCGACUGCUGUGAGAGUUGGCUCCAGUCUCACGUUGUCAUGCCAUGCUGAAGGGAACCCCAGACCAGAUACACAGUGGAAGGCCAUUGGUCCAGAUGGACAGGCUGUUAUUGUGGGGCAGAGCGAGGAGCUUGUUCUUACAGAGAUGACACUGGUGGAUUCUGGUCAAUAUGAGUGUGUGGUGAGCAACACCAUUGGAAACAUCACAGCCAGCGUGAACGUCAUUGUUCAAGCUCCCCCAACCAACACCACUAUCACAGUGAGCCCAGCCAGUGCGGUGAAGGAAGGGGAGAGCGUGACGGUGUCCUGCCUGUCGGACGGAGUUCCAGUGGGACGUAUGGUGCUGAAGAGACUCUCUGAGGGCCAGGAUAUAGAACUCCAGUCCAGCAAUGGCUCCUCCACCUCCUUCACCCUCUCCUCUGCCCUGCUAGCAGACUCUGCUCUCUACCAGUGUGAGGCCUUCAAUGAGCACGGUAGCCAGCGAGCUAGCACACACAUUACAGUCAAAGCACCUCCUAGGAACACAACAGUCCUGAUAUAUCCAUCUGCUGAGGUGCAGGAAGGCCAAAAUGUCACCAUCUGCUGUCGCUCUGUCAGUUUCCCCCCACCUGCUGUGGUUUUAAGGAAACUGGAUAAUGGCACAGAGCUCUACUCCCCGGAUGGGAACUUCCUGCUGGUUAACCUUACGCCCAAUGAUACAGGCCUAUACCAGGUGAAUGUUACCAAUGACCUGGGUUAUGAGACCGAGAUCUUCAGCAUCAACGUCAUAGAGGCAUACCAAGGGACAGACCUACCUGGAGUGGAGAGGGAACAGACGAGAGGUUCGUCCACUGUCAGGUCUCCGUUGAAGGGCAGAGGACAAGGCCGUAUGACCUUUGGAUGUUACUGGAAGAGGAAAAGAGAAGUACCUUUAAGGAGGUGUGGUCUUCUGGAUGUUUUUCAUUUUUAUUAAACCUAAGCUAAAAGUCAGUACAAUGUUGAAUAAUCUAACUGUCUGCAACUAACUAUCAUUUGCUCAUUUUUUCACUUCUUGGCAGCUUUCAUUGAACCCAUUGAUGUCUAAGUGUCACAACUAUUGGAUGAAUGCAAUAUGUUACAUGUUUUUAAACAAAAUUAUACAAAUUGUAAUUGACUGUGAUAAAAAGUUGAAAUGUUUAACGAGUUAAUUACAAUGCAUUUGAAAUGUACAGUUUAAAUUCACUUUGUUAUAUCAGUAUGGGAAGGUGGUUUCCCAACAAUAGGUGAAGUCAGUAUUGUGGUAAUGUAAUAUAGAGAAGCAAGGCAAACUGCAUUUUCCUCAUGGCUUUUUCUGUAUACAGUAUAGGUCUUUAAAGAUGGAAUCCGCAGUAGGGGAAACAGCAUCACUGUCCGCCCCACAGCUGUUGUUAUUGUUUUUGUUUUGUUGACGAAGCAGACCUGGGGAGUGUCGUAGUAACAAAAAAAUGCAGUACAUAUGCUGGUGUUCUUUCGCACGUACAAUCAUGUCCGCGGCGGGAAAAAAACAGUGUUUGUUGUUUGCAGUAACUUAUUUGGUUGUUGUAAUAUCGCAAACGGAUGUGGCAAUUUCACCAUUAAGGAUUCCAGCUUUAAUGUGGACACUUACUAGAAGUGUUUGCAUGUGUGGAGAGUGUGCAAUGUGCAUGGAGUAUUUUUGUCCCACACCAUUUACUUUAUUGCUGUGGGAUAUUAGAGCCGGUUUGGUACGUGAUUAAAGAAGCUGUUGUUUUUAAAUCAAAGCCUAUAUAGAAUGUAUUUGUUAUGUUUAUGACUGUUCAUACUCCUUUGUAUGUUUUGAAUAUGUUUUGCCCUAUUUUUUGUGAAUUGUGUUUGAGUUGUACGUUUGUAGAGAUGUUCAUUAUUAAAUAUUUAUUUCCAUAACUAAAA